UUUUUCUGGUCUGAUAAGAUGCUUUACCCCAUGAAAACCCACCAUUUUGGCUGUACCAUGUCUUCCUCUAUGCGUAAAUAAACCAUAUCUGAAACCCUUUCUCUCUCUAGAGUUUGUCUCUACUUUCUCUCUCUCUCUAGUCUUCACACACUCUAAACACCCAACCCAACAUCUCUCCCACUCUGAACUGAGAAACCCACUUCUCUCUCUCUCUCAUUAACCCUUCUUUCUCGCACUUGACAGAAAGCCCAUCUGUUUCAGUGACUAAUUCUCUCUCUAGAGAGAGGAGGAAACCCAUUUUUGUGUGGGCUGAAACAGAGGGAAAUAAGGCCUGAAAAUAGCUGAACACAAUGGAAGCGCCGGAUUAUCCCUAUAGUGGGGUUUACAUGUUUGAUAAGAAAUACUCAGAGUAUAACAAAAAUGGCGACCUUUUUCAUAUCGAGGAUUUGCUUGAUUUUUCUAAUGAGGAGAUUACUGGUGGGCUGGAUGAAAACGCCGGAAAUUUGACACAUUCAGGCGAUUCUUCGACUGUGACUGUCGGUGAGGUUGCCGGGAAAUCGUCCUUCGAAGGGAAUUUUGGGGAGUUAUGUGGGCCCGAAUCUGACCCAUUUGGCCGGAAUUUUGGCGAUGGCCAAGACCCUGGAGAACUCUGUGUGCCCUGCGACGAUCUUGCCCAACUAGAAUGGCUCUCCAACUUCGUAGAAGAAUCCUUCUCAAGCGAAGACCUCCAAAACAUCCACCUCCCGAACCUCCAUAUCUCUAAGAUCCCACCCACCGGAAUCUCCCCCACACGGCCGGAAAAUCCCAACUUGCCGGCCAACUUCUGCCCAAAUCUCUUGCCCGAAAUCACUGUUCCGGCCAAAGCAAGGAGCAAGCGCUCGAGAGCCCCUGCCUUGAACUGGGCUUCGUCGAUCAUCUCACCAUCGUCCAUCAUCUCACCGUCAAACUCCUCGUCCAACGAGCAAGUUGGGUCGCCGGAAAGUGGUUUUCCGUCAAAUGUUCAGUCCACCAAUGGCCGGAAAUGCCUUCACUGCCAAACUGAUAAGACCCCGCAAUGGAGAACAGGGCCUAUGGGCCCUAAAACUCUCUGUAAUGCUUGUGGGGUUCGGUAUAAAUCAGGGAGAUUGGUGCCGGAAUAUCGACCCGCAGCGAGUCCCACCUUCGUUUUGACGAAGCACUCGAAUUCUCACCGGAAAGUAAUGGAGCUUCGAAGGCAAAAGGAAGUGAGAAGAACUCAGCAACAACUUAUGCAGAACCAGGUUUAUGGUGGUGAUGAGUUCUUGAUCCACCCUGGUCAAGAUUAUCACCACCUUCUCUGAGAAACCCAUGAUUCAGAGCGCUCUCUCUCUCUCUCUCUCUCUCUCUAAAACCCAAGUUUCAGAUUCUCCCUCUGGGUCUUCUGGAAAAAGGAGAGCUCAAGAUUCAGUCUCUCUCUCUAUGGGGUCUUUCAAUUUAGGAGAGUUAUGCAUUUUGUUGUAGGAGAUAGGAGGAAUUCAAAUUCCAAAAUUUUUA